AUGCCAAGAUACCUUGGGAUAGACUAUCUUGCGGAUGUAAGUUCUUUCUUUUCCCUAAUUUUUAACUGCUUUUUUCAGAUAAUGGAUUUUAAAACUUGUAAAUUUUUGAAAGUCCAUAAAAAGCUGGAAUUUGAAAAUCUCUUUAAGGCUUUGCAGCAAAAAAGAAACAUGCGAUCUCAGAUGCUGCUCACAAUACCAAGCCAUCUAGAAUAUGUUGAAGCAUAUUCACAUAAUCGAAAAGUUGGAAAAAACAAUGGCCGUAUUCCAUGGGAGAGAGGUAAAAGUUAACAGACGUGCAUUCAUAUAUAUUCAUAGCUUUGUUAAGGCUUACUUUAUUUUCGAAGAGACUUUCCUUUUUGUUUUUAUAUCCCUAAUCAGUGCUAAGAUAAAACACUCACUUUGUUCACUGCAGAAAUUUGGGUUUUAUUUUCGCUCAUUUUUCAUCAUCUAAAUUUCCAUGACUAAAUACCUAAAUAAUUAAUUUUUGUAAUGAACAAAGAAAAAUUACAAUGAAUUGCGCCGGCUCUGACUUCCGUAAACUACGUUAUCUCCACUGAACAGAUACUUUAUCAAAAGCUCUCGACUUUCAUGAAUUUUAGUUUACCUGAAAUGAGUGGUCCCUGCGUCCACAAAGGAAAAAUACAUUCUAAACUGAACAGCAACAACAACAAUUCAAAAGCAAGAUAUGUUACAUUUUUUGGAAACUAGAUUUUCAACGAAAUCAACGAUUUUUCGUUUGUUGUGGAAUUUAAGUCCUGAAUGUUUUAUUCUCUUUUCUAUAUUCCAGAAAGCGCCUUUAAGCUGUCCAGUAAACAGCCUGUAGACUACCUGUCACAGCUCACAAGCUCAGUUCAACUUCCAGAGCCGUACAGUCUACAAACCGGAACUGUUGAGGAUAUAGUUCCCAGCUCAAACCCAGACUCUCCUUUAGUAUCUUUCGAUGUGUGGUCUGAUCUAGAAGAGGAGGUUGCAAACUACGUUGUCAGCGCUCUAGCGCCUGAUAAAGAAGAGUUUAAAGCUAUAACUGAAAACCUGAACGGUAUGCAUGUAGUUUUGUUAAUGACAGCGUUGCAUAUAAGUCGGUGAGUUCUUUUGCCAAGGCAGAAAGGAUCCCAGCCGGAACUUGAUUUUCCUAUGUUACCUCUCCUCCUUUAUGUCUACGCUCGUAGUCUAAAAAGCGGCAAACGUUUAUAUUUAUAUAUUCUGUGCAUUGUUGUCUCGCUGACAGGUGAUGCCAUGAAAGACAAAUUAGAAGAGAUGGAAAGCAUAGACUAUUUUCAAGAGACUCUUCAGAGGAUACCCAGAGUCAAGGCAUUAUGUUCAAGGUUAAAAACCAAACCUGUUGAAGAUCCUCUUUUACUGGACAGGGAAGGAAACCCUCUCCAGGAGAAAAAUCUCCUAAGGUAAAUUAAUCUCGUACCCAGAUCUCUUGUUGACAAAGCUUGCCUUCGGCUCGCAACAAGACAUCUGGAUACGAGAGUAAGGUUAAUGCGUGCAUCGGGUCCACAUCGAACCAGCAAAACAGGGACCUGUUUCAACCACCUCGCUCCUUGCCAGAAGAGUCUAUUCUUCUGUUUAUUCAGCUUACCAAGAACUAAACAAACAUGAAAACUCUUUGAGCAGGAGAUCGUCGCUCCUUCCCCCUUACUCACCUUCAAUUAAAACGUGUUUUACAGACCUCUUUAAAAUAGUCUGGGACAAAAAAAGGCCAAAACAUUUUCAAAAUUACUUCAUUUGAUUGGUUUACCUAAAAUUUUACUUGCAACCUGCUCUUUAAACUGAAGCCUUUUUGUUAUGUCUCGCGUACUUAUUGCUAGUUUUAGCCAUUGAGGUACAGCUCUGAUGGAGUGGGGAAAAAAGUAAUUUACUGACUAUUUUUUUAAGGAUGGAAUUUAAAGUAAAUAUCCUGGAGGAAUGUAAAAAGAAGCCAACAGACACAGACAAAGAAAUAUUCUUGAAGAUUCUGAAUAAUGAUACAGCUAACGAGGUAAUUAAAUGAAGAUUUUCCGAUACCUUAUAAAAAAGUUGCUGUCAACUAAGGCCAUAUCGUUCCGAAAAAUCUAUGCGGCUGCAGGAUCUGAAUCCUGGAGUCAAAGGGGAAUUUCUAUUCUGAAAUGCAGUGUCUCACAAAGGCCGAAGACAAACGUUAUGUUAACAUAAUUGCUAAAUUAUGUUAUUACACAGGGUGAUUUUACACUGCACAAUGAAGAAAUCGAGGUCAUUGUCAGCCCGGUCAUUCCUUCAGUCCAGCCAACCUGUACUGUUAAAGCACAACAAUCACUCGGACUACUCAAAGAGACACAAUCUGAAGGUGAGAAAUGUUCGCAGCGGAUAAAGUACAAAACGUUCCUUGUGGCCGUGUCAUUUACGAAAAAAUUACGUUGGUUCCUUUACCUAUAUUUCUUUUCUUUCAUUUCCAGUAGAAAAAUCAGAGCUACUAUCAGUGGAUCAGUUUGCUUUUGAAGACCCUGAGCCCUUUUUGGAUAAGACAGCUACAGACUCAACGAAGACCACAAUGAAAAAGAAUGACUUUGUAACGCUGAAUAGUGGUAACUUUUAAUGGUGUCAUUAAUUAACAUUCAUAACAACGUUUCUUGUACUCUACUAGAUAGAUAAAAUUAUCUCCUUUGCUUCGUCUCAAAUUUUGGUAAGAGCCAUAAUGGGACUUGUUUUUGGUCAUUAGAAGAUGAUCCAAAAUCUGAAGAUUUCCUGAAGGACCUACAGCUAUUGGAAUCUCCAUCUCACCUCCCAACCUCCCUCGUUACUGACGAAAAUAGCAGGAAGUUUAUCAGUGCUCUGGAAAAGUUUGAUUUGUCGACGGACGUUGAAAGGUAAUCACUGCAAUUAGACUGUAUUUCGACACAACAACAAGUUACUAGUUACUGUUGUCCAAUGCAAGUUAAUAUUUGCAGUUCAACACCCUAGAAAGCGUUUAAAACUGAAAAAAAUCUUACGUAACCUUUGUUCAAAUAGGUUUAUGUGUUUAGUCAGUAAGUUCAAAACCAGUGUUUAUUUUUUUUUCUACUAUGCUGCAGCCCACCAAUGACACCCACUAAGGUAUCGCAGUGUGUCCAAAGCAUAUGGGAGAAUGAGAAACUUCUCUUUAAUGAACAUUUGGAGAUGGUCUUUCCUGGUAUGUACAUAAUCAUGUGUGAGCACGCAUUAAUUUUCACAGAAAUUUUCAAAUAUUAGCUAGAUAAAAAACGUUCACUGACCUGCUCGAAAGCGAACCAAAGUAUGGGAAACCAUAAGCAUCCCUUAAAGAUUUACAUACAUACAUACAUAUGUUCUUUUAAUCUGCUCUUUUGUCAUCAUACGGAAUCAGUUUAAGUAAGGCGCUUAGGUAGACAUGUACAGGCAUUAAUGACUAUAUACUCUAUCUUUUUCUUUUUCUCUCCCAGUACCUAUCACUUCACGAGAAAGAAGAAAGGAACACACCAUGACUUUAGUUCAAGUGGCCUUAAAGAAGUUAACGCUGUCACAAGAGUGCUUGAGUGGACAGUUAGAAUUAGGACUACCAUGGGAUCCUUUAGCUCAGUCAGUGACCGCAAUAGAGACUUGUCGCAGAAAUCUACAAUGCCUUUCAGCAUGGAAUGAUAAAGGAGACAAAGCUGAACACCUUGACAUCAGAAGCAGGGCGCUUUCACAUUCGGGUGAAGCCUUUUGCAAGAAAAACCUUCAAGGUGAUAAACAACGUAUACAAGUGUUUACAAACAAAAUUAUUUUUGUUAGAGUGCAAGCCUUUGAGAAAAAGAAAAGACUGUAGCAGUUCCAGGUUUUACGGCCAAGCACGAAAACAAUGAUGAUAAAAUAGCUGCUUAAAGAGAGAGUUUUCAAUACUAUUUCGAGUUCUUCAGUAUCUUUAAAAGUGGUUCUAACCUAUCAAAACAAAGGGAAAACUAUCUAAUGAUCGAAUUUUAUGAUGACUCAAAAUUUUUUCAUUCUACCAUCAAAUCAAAACGCGCAAAGGAAAGAAGCGAAAAUUCAAUAAUUCUUUGUUUGCUUUUGUUGCUGUCUUUUAUUACUAGAACUUCCAUCAAAUGAAAGAUUACCAGAGACAUCAAUGGAAGAAUCUUCAUGCAAGAUACAAGCCGAAAGACACCCAGGUAAUAGGAUGUUCGACAGAGCUCGACAAUCCCAUAACGUUGUAAUUUAUCAGAGUUGGCCAAACUACUGCUGACCUUCUAUCCUCGUAAGUGGUUUCCACUUUUGUUUGACAGUUUUGUGUAUCACUUUACGUGACACAGGAAAUGAGUUAGUACCUACUGCAGCCACGAUUGAGAACCAAAGUACAUUGGACACGUUCAAAGGCCCCGCAAGCAAAGUGCAACGUUCGACAAUCACCAAAUCAGUUGCGACAAAAAGUAGCAUAACUGCAAAAGAGGAAGACAUAUCCUUUGUUGUUCCAAGCACGACCUCCGACGUUUUAAGACAGAAACAAACUUCAAGCGGUCUUGAAGACUUUUUACUACUGAGAAAAGGAAAACAUGACACUUUGAAGCCACCCAUUCAUCGUCAGUGCACGCCACCAAGUAAGAAAGAAAUGAUAAUAGAAUAACAAUAGAUAAUCUGCAGUGUUGUAAGGUACGAUUACGGAGUCCGGAGGAACUUUUCAAAUUUUAGUGGUAAACUUGAAGUUGACGUUUCUUUAAUCUCCUGUUAAGUCUAUCUCAGCGGUGAAUCUACAAAGGGGCCACAGGGGGAUCCGCCCCCUUGUUCUUAAACCAAAACCGAGGCCCAAGGGGCCGACCGCCAAGAGCGCCCCCACCCUCCCAGCCCUUACUUCAAGGUCUGAAUCCGCCACUGUCAUCUCCCUGCUCUGCCACUGUGAUCUCUCUUCUGUAAUCUGCACCUCCCCUACCGGUUUAGCACACCAGUUGGUAAUUUCUACCACCAGUUACUUACUUGCGAAAUAUUUCCUCCGUUAACUUCUUUCUUACUUUUAGAAACGGUCGUGAAGGCAGCAAAGGUUCGCCCGUCCGUCUUUACCAAAGAUACAAGUGUAUCAGACCAGACAGCACCUACUGAAGAACCUGCUGAAGAAACAAAAGGCUCUUGGUGCCAAGUCCAGCAGCAAAACAUAACCGUUGAACUUUCAGACGAGUUCCAAGACGUCUUAAAUGAGUUGAUCGCACAAGUGAGACCCCUUCUGAGUAGGCUUCAAGACAAUGGUGUCAUUCCACAGUCCAAAACACUGUCAACCUUGAAUCCAGAAUACACAAGAUUUGUGCUAAAGCAGGCUGAGAUGUCUGUAAGAAAAACAGAGGAAAACAGCCGGGAAACUCAGAUAUUUUGCAUGACUGUGUGCUUACAUGCGUUGGUUUCCUCUGUUGAUAUUCUCAUGCAGAGUGGUUUAGAAGCAGCAAUAGGUAAAGCAGUCCCUCAUUUGGUGGUACAAUACUCAUAGUAUACUCACUAGACAAAUACUCAUUUGAAAACAAUGGUAUCGCUACCCAUCUAUUUAAAGCACCUAUAGUGUCUGGAUAGACAAUAACAGAUAAAGCGUCUUAUCCAUUCAAAUUAUAGCCUCACAAGCAGCCGUUUUUGUCUCGUCAAGCAACGCUCCUUCCUCAAGACUAUUCAAAUCAAAUCCUUUCAGUAAUCCCCAUUCUUCACUUUCCAGCAACGAAUGUUUGUCGUCAUUGACAUCAAAGAAUGUAGGCUCUAGUUUGAAAGGUAGUUCAAUUUUAUAUUGCGCUCACUUCAUCUGAGAUUUGUUCCGCUAUUACGCGGCAAGGUACAUCAUAUAAGUGCGUUCAUUUCAUUGGAGGUUAAGUUAUUGCCUUCUACCUUAUUCAUUGCAGCAUACUUAAGCUUAACUCAGGAAAAGUAUGGCGGUUCAUUACGAGGAGCCCUCGAGUCAACACGAAGAUAUCUCUUUGAAACACACUUCACUUUCCGGCAACGGAAGGUUCUGCACCCCAAGCUUUUAAAGUUGCUUUGUCUUGCAGCACAAUGGAGCAAAGAAGGAAAUGCAAGUCACUUAACAACAGCAAUCUUUACUUACGCUUUUCCUCAAAAUUUAAACAACGAAAUCAUUGAAACCCUGUCAGGUGUGAAUGGAGUUCAAGUGAGGCUAUAUACAUCAGCUGCGGAGAUGAAUGAAGUAGAUUGCGAUGGAAACCUAGUUAUUUAUGUUGUAAGCGCUCUUUCUGUUACCGAGGACUUUCCCUGGGGCAGUUUUGACUUUGUGCUAGACUAUGACCUCAACGCCGUGAUGAGAAGAGAAGAACUUUCUCGUAGCAGUAGACUUAAAGCCCACAUAAACCUGAGAACAAAGGCAGAAACUCAGUUGGAUCAAAAUCGUGCCCUAGAAGUACAAGGCAAGUUUUAAUAUUGUUACUCAAAAUGUAUAUAACUAAUAACAAUUUUCAUUACACAUUAAUACUUAUCAUUAGUACCUCCUCUACCUAUGAGAUAUUGCAGUAUCACCAUGACAAAUUUUCUAGAACAAGUUAUUCUAGGAAGACUAGCAAGCUAGGAAAUAUACCGUAGCAAUAGAUUCAAGUAGAACGAGACUUGUUAGACUCUUGUUAAACUUAACUAGCGGCAUAUCAAACAAGAAUAAACUACCCUCCGUAUUGCCUUUUGUACUUUGCAGUGCUCCAACAUCACUCCAACGUUGCAGUGGGCAAUGCAAGACUGCUUCAUUUGUCUUCUUUUGUAUUUGUGCUAUGCCUUUAAAACCAGGCAUCUAUGACCAACACUGAGCAAAACUUUAUUUAGUAAUUUGUAGAUAACAGUUGUAAUUUUUACCUCUAUAAGGGAAGAAUGACAGUGCGCACUGAAAAAUUGUUCUUAUAGAGAGCUACAACGAAUAUUUUCCUUACAGGCAGUGGCCCUCAGUUCAAAGAAAUACAGGUCGAUGACCAAUUUAUAUUCAUCGGCAGCGAUAAAAUAACACUUCAUGUAGAUCUACUGCAGCUCCUCGAGACAAAGCAUAACGUGCUGAUUUACGAAAGACAGUAUAGUUAUCCCAGACCGAGAGUUCCCUUAACCAAGAUGUGUUUACAGCCAGAUAUAAUGAUAGACGAGAGGACCUGCAUUCAUCUACAGCACCUACCUUCUUUGGCUGAUGAAAACAAAUAUGAGGGUCUCAGAGACACCGUGCUUUCAUUGUCCCUUAAAUGCAAUAAGUGUUGUGUUAUUCUGUAUUCCAGCAAGAAGCCAGAGUAAGUUGAUACCAAAGGCCUUACAGCUACUGUAGUCAUGAAUAGAACUAAUAGAAACAAGAAGCUAUCUACGCCCCAGCGCUAGAUGAAAACAAAUUUCGACGAAUAAACUAGCGAUUAGAGUACUGAGGAAAAGCUACGUUCUUCGGUUACAUUAGCGAGCUACCUCUUGUGACUUGUGGCAGCGAUAUAUAGUGAUAGCAGGGUAGCCGUGCAAUGAUAAUGCUGAGCCGCAUGUUGUCGACAGUAUAUGAUGCUGGUAGUGAGCAGUUGAUAGGAAAAUAAACGCGUUUAUUAAAUUUAGGCUAAGUAUUACAAGGGUUCUCUGUUGAAAUAACGUUCAGAUAUGCUCACUCAUUUUACUGUGAUUAAUUGGAAAAGUCUUGUUUUCGAUUCCCGUCAGAUAUGCAUUCACUGGAGAUGUUCUUCGCCGUUUGUCUACCCUGUUUGCUAGCAUUGCGCAUUUUCAAAAGAGCGACUUCGAAGUGGAGAUUAUCUAUUCGUUUGCUGUUGAGGAAACCGCUAACCUAAUAAGACAAAUAGGCGAAGUGAGUAGAGCCCAGUCAGCAGUGUGGAAAAAGCAGGAAUGGAUCAAAAGAAAAUGGCUGACAAACGAGGCUAGCGCGGUAAGACAAUUCGUGUGAUAUCUUCCCGUCUACUACAAAUCCCUUUUUAACCUGCUUGAUUGCUCUGAAAUGCAAUCUACACAGGUAAAUGCUCUGCUGAAACAUUCUGUUUCAAGAGUGUACGAAUUAUGUCUGGGAUUUAAGCUUAUUUCUUUACCUUCUCUGUAUUGCGUAGUCAACUGAACUAUUCGACAAAAAGGAGGUCACAGAUGAGCUAUAGUACUUUCCUUAAAACCUCGGAUACCUUUGACGACUAUGACCAACUAUAACAACUAUGUAUUUCCCCGGAAGAUUUCAGUGAACUCUGUUAGAUUCUUCCUACCAAAUUAGUGUUUUUUCGCCUUUGCUAGUUUCCACGUAAUAACAACAGCUUUGUGCGUGCGCUUCAAUGGUUUGUCUCAUGUUAUUAAAACAUUGAAAACGUUGAAAAUAAUUCCCUGUUUCUAACAGUAAUUGAUGAAGAGUUUAUAUUUGCUAACUUGGUGGUACUGUGGUUUUCAGCAUGAAAAAUUCCUGCUGUCCCUUCCAUGCAUGAAUUCAUUCAGGUAAGCUAAAGGGAUUGAAUCAAGACUGCAAGCUGAAAACUUUAGCCCUCCUUUAUUUACUCGUUUAUCGUCUAUUCUCUUCUCUCCUUUAUUAUCUCGCAAAUAGAAAAAACCCGGAUUUCUCCACCAAUGUUGACACUAGAAUGUUCCUUCCCUUUUCAGUGCUCAAGUGAUGCUCACUGCUGCUCCAUUAGCUACGUUGCUGAAAAUGACCCUCACAGAACUGAAAGAGACCUGCCCUUGGAUUCCUCAGCGAAUUCUAACGGUAUGGCAGUAGCUUGAAUCAGUUUUCACAUUAGACAUGUUAGAAAAUCAUGGUACUUAACGGUAGUGAUCUCCCAUCUUCAUCAGUCAGUUCGAUUCUGCCUCGUUGAUUUUCGAAUAAUCUAUGCCUUUCAAGUUUAUAUGGUUCUGUUUAAAGACAACGGGCAUUUCGCAGCACACCAUAGAAUUAUCUCUUUUCAUUGAGUUAAAUAAUCAGUUUAUAUCCUGGACAAGUCUUUUUGUGCCGCGGUUUCGUGCUUAUCCAUGGAAAUACGCAAACGACAAGGCUUUUUUUGUGUAAUAUAGUAUUUUGUUGACACUUCAUCUAACAAGUAUAAACUCAGACUUCCGUCAUGCGCUAAGCGCGCGCUAAUUAGGCGAAAAUUAAAAGUGCCCUAACUCACUCGGAUAAGGCAGAACGAUUUAUAUUAUUAUAUCAACAAUACCAAAAUUCAUGAUGCUUUUUUACCGUUAGGAAUUUCACAGAACUAUUAACUGGUGUUCUGAAUUGAACGAUUACCACACAGCUCAUCCUUGUGUUCGGCCGGUACAGAAAAUAUUUCAGCAGUGCAAUCAGAUAUCAGAAAGCAGAUACAAUGAACAUAUAGACGAAGCAUCACCUAUCCAUAUGGAAACUCCGCCCUUUAAUUCGUCACCAGAUAGCGUGGUUACCAACACAAGCGAUUCCACUACAACAUGGAUAGAUAACAUUAAACACAAUGGUGACUUACAGCAGGAAAUCAUAAGAAAUGCUAAUAGCGAUGAGAGUUACUAUAACUGGUCUUAUAAAGGUGAUAAACCCACGACUAUUGCUGUACCAGAUACCUCAGUAACUGUGGACAGACCUAAUAUUUACGUAUCUCAAAAGGAUUGCAUUGGAGCGCACCAUCGACAGAACGGAGACUAUUCGGUUAAUCAAAGUUCUGUUGAGAAUGGCUGGAGAUCUUUAAUGAACCAUAACUCUUCAGCGUCAUUGGAGGACCGUGUUGCCGUGGAUUUAAAACGAUGUAUCACUGGGGUAAGGGUAAAUGUGUGCAAAAUAGCGACUAACCAUAACAGUCUUCAAAGUCCUUUUUCGACCUUCAAAAAACCCCUUCAUUUAUAAAUUUUAAACAAGAAAUAGAAGAUACAGUGGUGCUUAGUGUGUAGCACUGAAAUUAAAUGUCACAGGUAAAGAAAUUUUGAUUUCAGAAUCCAAGAAAUUGCAGAGAUUAGCUAACGUCAAAUAUCACCCUUUGAAACCAUAGGAAUAACAUGAUAUGGGGUGAGAAAGGAGCACUAAACAGCCUACUUACCUUUCAACCUCGUUCCCAAGGGCAAGGCAAUGUUGCAAGGAUGUUCCCAUCUCUUCCCUUUCCAGGAGACUUUAGAAACUAUCGUUGUGCUCUUUCUUUUGAGAUUUCGGCGGCUUCGAUCUUUUUCCCCUUCCACAUUCUUUUCGUACACAACUUCAAGAUCUAAUCAUAUCUUUUUUUUUAAUCACAGUUACCCAACAACCGCUAUGAGUUCAAUCCACAUCCUCAUCUAAACCCCGACCAACACCUGUUGACGAAAGAUCCAGCAGGUCCUCAUUCUAGGGAAGGUUUUGCCGCCAAGGUUCGUUGGAGACCAGAGAACUUCAGCCAAAGCCAGUUCAGAGCGCUUGAUAAACCGUACAUUGUGUCUACUGGCAGAGAAUCCGACUUUACAGACCUGGGAUUUCCUGAAAAGGCAAAAUCGUCUAAUUUUCAAACAGCCGUUGACUAUACAGUACGUCCUCCGGCACUUCGUGAUGCAGAGCAACAAUACCGCGUUGAACCGCACUGGGGAAUAGGCCGAGUGCAUCAAAGACAACAGAAACCAGACUGUUAUUCACGAACGGAUUCUAAUGCUCCGCAAACACAUCCGAAGAGUUCGAUGGGAAGAGAUCUAUCUGGCAAUCGCACAAGGUCAGUCGACUCAAUCAUAGAAAGUCCAGCAAAGAAAACCGUUUUAACCUUAGAUCUCGGGCUAACUGGGUACGAAUUUUGAAAACCUCCUAGCAUAUCCUGCAUACAGGUCUCUUAUUUCCUUUGUUGCUCGCGGGCAACAAAUGAAAUUGCAGACGUCUGCAUACCGGCAAGUGGGUACAACGACUGCACAUUCCAUGCAAGGGAAGCAAGGACCCAUUAGGGCCUCUGAUGUGAUGAACAAUAUUCCUCGCACCUACGAUUGCUUGUUUUGGUAUCGAUUCCCCGUUAAUAUAGUACAGCUUAGUACUUAUUUCUCUUUGUACCGCCAUUUCUUCAUGGACGCGAACUCAUAUCAAUAAGAAUUAUCUUGUUUAGACUGUGGGGCGCUUGAGCGUGACUGAUUGUUUGCACUCUUUGUUUCACAACACUCAUAUGAACUUUACUUGCGUACAGGCAUCCCAUGCGUGUGCUAAACCUUGGAGAUGAGAACUUCCAUGUGCCGCCCACAAAGGUGGGAAUCGCUCAGCCACAGAGGCGCACUUAUUGUUUAGCUGGUCAGGUGUUGGGAGAGAAUAGUGUCGCCAGUCAACACAAGAGAUUUAGCCUUGGCAUUGAGAAAUCCACUGGCGCCAAUACAGAGUCUAUUCCUCAAAGGGUAAGUGGACAAAAUACUUCGGAGUCCCUUUUUGAAACAGAUUACAGUUGA